GUUCUUCCUGCAUGCACCUCAUACAGAGCUGAACUUAGUGAGAGAGAAGGGAAGCCUGUGAAGGCAGUGGAAGACUAAAAACCCGACAGGAAACAGGUGUUCAUUUUUGGAAAGACUCAGUCACAGACCCCGUGUGGGACAUCACAGGUAUGGAGCUUCCCGCCACGUUCCUGUCUGAGGAGCAGUUCUCCUGCUCCAUCUGCCUGGACAUGUUCUCCAACCCCGUGUCCACGCCGUGCGGCCACAGCUUCUGCCUGGCCUGCAUCUCCUCCUACUGGGACGGCAAGAACAAGCAGAAGGUCUGGCAGUGUCCCCUGUGCAAGGAGAGCUUCCGCCGGCGGCCCGACCUGCACGUCAACCACACGCUCAAGGAGAUCACCGAGCAGUUCAAGCGCAUGGCCGAGGCCACCGACUCUGCGUCCGCCGCCGGCGUCACCGUGGUAGGGGUCAUCUCGGGCUCAGCAGCUGCCAACGCCACCUCGGCCGCCAUGCGGCCGCACAAAGAGCUGCCCAACGAGUUGAUCAGCGAGAUGAAGAGCCGGUUCCAGAGGCCGCUGUCCACUCACAGCGGCCAGCAGCCUCCGCCGCCCUACGAGGCUCAUUCUCCACCGCCCGCGGGGCUCGCGCGGCGCUUCACGAUGGGCAGUCUUGGGGGCGACCCCUCCUCGGACGCGCCCCCGUGCCCUGUGCACAGGCUCGGCCUGGAGCUCUUCUGUCGUAACGAGCAGGUGUGCGUCUGCGCUGCCUGCAUAGAGAAGGAGCACUAUGGACACUCAGUGGUGCCUGCCAAGAGGGAAUGGGCCAUUAAGAAGGCUCACAUGGGCAUUGCGGAGGUGGAGCUAAACGAUAUGAUCAAGCUGAGGGAGAAGAAGGCCGAGGAGAUCAGGUCCGCCUUGGCUGAUAUUCAGGCCAAAGCUGACCACGAGGUCCAGGGCAGCGCCAGCAUGUUCACGUCCCUGGUGACCACCGUCGAGGCCAGCCAGGCUCAGCUGCUGGAGGUGGUGGAGCAGGGGCGGCUGGCCGCCGAGCUGCGGGCACAGGCGCUCCUGGGCGACCUGGGGCAGGAGACGGACGAGCUGAGGAGAAGGAGCGCUGCCAUCGCACAGCUCGCCGAGUCCAACGAUCACGUCUUCUUUCUCAAGACCUUCCCAUCGCUCGUAACGCAGAGUCCUGUGACGCGCGAGUGGGCGCAGGUGUCGUUGACCCCUGACCCCACGGCCGGGGCGGUGCUGCGUGGCGUCACUCACUUGGUGGAGCGCCUUCAGCAGGAGCUGCGGAAGCUGCCGGAGAUCUUCACUGCAGGUUUGCAUUCACAAACAGAAACAUCACUCCCCUCGUAUCAGCCAAGACAGCAGAGUGUACAGGAUUAUGCAGAAAACGUGACCCUUGACCCCGCCACCGCUCACCCGAGGCUAGUCCUCUCCGCCGACCACAAGCACGUCCACUGCAGUGACCACUACCAGCCGGUGCCGGACUCUCCGCAGCGCUUUGACCGCGUCGUCUGCGUCCUGGCCGAGCAGGCGUUCUCGUCCGGCCGCCACUACUGGGAGGUGCACGUGGGGGGCAAGACGGACUGGGACCUGGGCAUAGCCAGCCACUCCAUCAACCGCAAGGGCAAGAUCACCGUCAGCCCGGCGCACGGCUUCUGGUUCCUCAGCCUGCGCAACAAACACGACUAUGCCUUCCGCACUGACCCCUCCACGCCACUGGACGUGCCCAGCAAGCCCCAGAGGAUUGGGAUCUUCGUGGACAUGGACAGCGGGCAGGUCUCUUUCUACGAUGCGGGAUCCAAACAGCUCAUCUACACCUUCAAGGACACCCUCGCUUCGGUCAUCCACCCUUUCUUUAGCCCCUGUACCAACAAGUCGGGCAAAAAUGAGUCACCACUGGUCAUCUGUCCCAUCUCACAAGAGUAAGGGCAAUGGGACAUAUCGAUGCUACAGACACUGUAUAACUUUAAGACUUUAGAAUAUUCGCCUAGUGUUUCUGUAUAGUUUGGACUACAUGGAAAGAAUAAAACCUCAGAUGUGAACCUCAGCUCUGCUCUGUAUCAGUGAGGUAAAGUCAAGCCAAAAUAAUUCAGAUCCUCAAAGGCUGCUCUUUUAAAGCGAGAGGCAAACAACAGACACUUGAAUUCUAUUUCCCCUUCCUUAUGACUAAUUCAAGUCUUGGCAAUAAAAGUCAUGCCACUAACAUCGCUUUACUAUGUGUACAGAAAGCUCUUUACAAAUUGAUAGUAUUUGAAUGGAUUGCUUGUACAAUUACAGUAAAUGUGCAUAUCACACUCUUUAGUUGUUCGAAAUAUUGAUUUGUAAAUAGGCCUACACAAUGCACAGGAUCCAUUAGCUGUAUAUGUUUUCUAUAUUACACCUAUCUAGACAACACUUAACUAUAAUUGUAAAAACAAAUCACAAAAUAAAACUACUGUAU